AUGACCGCUAUUUAGUUUGGUUCCAUGACGCAAAUAAGGAAGAUACCAACAUGGCGGACCACAUUGUUAACAAGGAUUAACAUGAAAACAAAGCAUGAAGGGACAGAACACAUGGAGAUUUUUCAAAAUGUGAGAUGUUCAUUUUGUAGUGUAUUGUUAGACAUCUUUAACUGCUAGUCAUGGGCACGAAACAAAGUACGCCAGCUCAGAGACCACGGACUUUUUCAGGAAGUGGUCCUGUGCCCGGGGGUUCGGGGGCAGAAGUUGCCAUGGGUUCUAGUGGGGCUACUAACACUCGUUUACGAGCUCGUAGUCUAGGACAUUUUAGUGCAUCAACCCCAACUGGAUUAGUGAUACCAGGUGGAGCCACUGCCAAUGGCGAGAGGCGAGGAGCAGGAUCUCCAGACUCAGAUUCAAGUACCCCAGAGGAGGGCCCCUCAUUUGGCAGACACUUUGCGCAAUCUUUACCUUUACACCUUUUUGCACUCCAAGGCAUUAAAUGUCCAGUCUGUGCCAAGUUUAUACCUCCUGAAGAAAUUGAGUGUCACCUAGUGAUAUGCUUGACCAAACCUAGAAUCAGUUAUAACGAGGAUGUCUUAGUAGAAGACAAAGGGGAAUGUGUGAUAUGUUUUGAGGAACUGGAGAAGGGGGACACCAUCGCCCGAUUGCCCUGUUUGUGUGUUUACCAUAAAGGAUGUAUUGACAAGUGGUUCGAGAAAAACCGUUCUUGUCCAGAACACCCUUCUGAUUGAUGGGAAGGUCUAACUACCGGUAUUAUAACUUAAGAAGCACAGGUCGACAGAGAUAGGUAUCACUUCUUGGGCCAGAGUGACCAUGUCUAGCAAAACAUACUGAUAAAUAUGGGCUUUCAUUGCAAACUUCAUUUACUCUAGUGACUGUAAUCUUCAUGCUGUAUGUUGAUUUUAGGUGCUAGGUCAUUAAAAUGCGGCCUAGUAAUUUGAAAAUCGCGACAAAGGAAACCCCUCAUUUCCUGUUGAGCAUGUGUAUUUAACCUUUAGUGAAACAGUUAGUGCUGGUGCAUGUGUAUGUAUCACGACACAAGUCAUAGUUUUGCAUCUAACAUCCUUCAGGAUUCAGGUCGGGAACUAGUUUAAGGAUGUGUCCGCUGCAACUGCAUAUCAUAGAUAUAUUUGAACGUUUCCCAUAAUUUGCGAUAUUCACAACUCAUGUCAUAUUUCAGCUUUUGUUUUUGUAAACAUAAAUCUAUAUUAGAUUGGUAAAUGUAUAUAUAUAAUCUAUAUUUCACUUAAUGAAAAUAAAUGAUGAUGGAACCAUAUGUAUUGUAUCAUUAUGAGAUUACAUUGUCCUCCAUGUUAUAAUGGUAUUUGCUUAAUUUUUUCAAAGGUUCAUGGCUGAUUUAGGUCUGGUAUCGAGAUUAUUUGUUACAGAACUAAUUUUUGGUUUCACAUGAAUUUUCAAAUCAAGUUUUACACCAAUGAAAGGUAGCUAUAUUGUCAGGCUACAAUUCACAUCUUAUGAAAUAUACUAGAAAAAAGAUGUAUUUAUGAAUGAAGUGUGGUGGCACAUAUAAACACUGUGGUGAGAGAAAAACCAAAACUAUAGAUGCAAGUUAAGAUUACCGUAAGUGUAGAUUAAUUAGAUAUUUUAAUGAAUAGGUCUCUGUGCAUUUAGAUGAAAAAAUAAUACCUAUAAUUAUUUUGAAGUACCGGUAUCAGUAUAAUAAAAUUGUCUUGGACAGUGUUAUUGAAAAUGUACUCUAUAUACUUGCCUAUAAAUCAGUUCACCUCUAAGUCAGUUGUAUUUUUUUGGACUAUUUUUUGAGGAAUUUGGCAUUGACGUACCCGCUUAUAAGUCAGAACAGUUGAUUAUCAGAAUCUUUUGUCAAUUGCAAAUCAAUAUUCUGUUGUAUUUACUUGUUUUAAAGUAACGUUUUUGGGUAUGGCAUCAUAAUUUUUGCAUAUGGAUAACCUUAAGUCUUCCUUUCAUGCACGCAUUAAAGAAUCUUAUUAAGAUUAAGUUUUGACCUGUAUAAAUGAUUAUCAUUGGUUUUGUUUUUGUUUUUUUUUUUGUUUUUUUACAAAAUUACCAUAUUUCCUCUUUCAGAAAAAUACCAGUGUUUGUAGGACUCACUUGUAAAUCUGACAUUGAGUUUUUGUCCAAAAUUGAACUCCCAAAUCUGACUUGUAGGCAACUAUAUAUAGAAUACAUGUAGUUUAUGAGGAAAAUAAAACUGCUUUUGUUUUAGAUUUGACAGGGGUAUAUAUCCUCUUGCUCAUGCAGUGCAAAUGCUUUACACAUAUAUAUACUUAUAUUUAAUUCUAUCAAUAUAUUUAGGUUCUGUUUGGAUGUCAUUUGAAUGGAAUAGGUAUUCUUUUGAAAAAAAAAAAUCCCAGAUCUUAUGUAUAAUAUGUUAUUUUCUCAUCAGUGACAGGAUAGAUCUGUUUUUGUCAGUAAGUAAACACAUAGUACUAAACUAUGGUAAUAAUAAAAGGACCAAAAAACUUACAUCUAGACCUAGAAAUGGUAAAUUGCUUUAAACAGAAAUUUUGAUGAUUUUUUUAAACUGAUAAGGAAAGCAAUUCCUAGUUGACAACCCAUUGCCUUUUCAUCAGUACAUGAAAAUUUGGGAAAAUGAACCUUCAGUCAAAAAAACAAUCAAAAUAAUUUGCAUCUUCAUCUGACUUAGAUUGAAUAUGUGCCAUUUGAACAUAUAUUUCUUGGAUCUCUUUCAUGAACACACACACACCACUAGGCUGCAAAGAUGGGAUGGCAAGAUUUUUUAAAGAAUAUAAGAUUGCUGUAAAAUCCAAGAGUUUAUUGAAUUAUUGAUUUGUCAAUUAAAGUAAUGAAUUUUUUUUUCAUCAAAUGCAUACAUUCUAUGUAAUGUUGAGAGAGAAUUGUGAAGUUUUGAGGGGAAAAACAGAAAUGCUGAUUUGCAGUAUGUGUGUAGCACUAUGUACUUCGUAUUUUUUACGCUGAUAUUGGACACCAAUAAAUUCUUCUAGGGCUGAAUACAUGAUAUAAAACAAAUAGGAAUUUACAAUAGUAUUUAUUUAAAACAUUGCAUAAAUUGUAUUUUGCUUUUUCAUCUUUGAAGAGUGUACUGAUGAAAAUUCACAAUAGAAGGUAAACUGGUUGAAACUGUCAUUUUCAUGAUUUGAAGACCAUUCUCAUGUUAUUUUUUCUGGUCAAAAUGUUAGUCUAAGAGUUGAUCUCGUAUAGAAUUAUACAAAUGCAUAUGAAUUAAAACAUUAAAACAAUUGACUAGUAUUGCUUUGGUGUCAUUAAAGUAAAAUAAUAGAAUAGCAUUUAAUUUUUCCUAGAACUGACUUGGAUAAUGAUUAUGAAAUUAACUGGUUUAUAGGCAGUGCCUUUUUUCAACCUUCAUUUCAUGAACAGUGUCAGAAAAGCACAAAUUUUGUGAUAACAAUUGUAAAUUUUUUCAAGGAAUUUGAACAGAAAUGUCAACUUUUUUUGUGAAUAUUACAUGUAAUAGGGUUGAUUUAUGUGUUGCAAAUGUGUUAUAAAGCAACAAAAUAUGCAUACACUGUAUUUAUUUUUGGGAAUUGUGUUGCCUUAUGUCAGUUAGAAUGGUCACGAAACUUUGAUUUAUAAUGCAGAUUUUAUUGUUGUGCUUUAUUUAUUUUUUUUUAUUAAAAAGAUUGUUUCAUGUGGAAAUCAAUAUUACUCAUUUUGUAGUUUUUAACCCUAUGACUUUUUUUUUUGUUUUGGUAGUAAAUAUUGUUCAUUUAGAAAUGCAGGGAACAGUUUACUGUUGUAAAUGUAAAACAACAGGAACACCUGGCUCCGGGGCCAUAAAACUUAGACGAGCUCACUUUUGAUCUCAGUUUUACCAAAGGAACUAAUAGUGGAAAAGUGAGACUGAGAUCAAAAAAGAGCUCAUCUAAGCUUUAUGACCCCGGAACCUGAGAAUUUCCAUCAGUGGAAUGGAAAGCUCUGAUUGACAACGUUGGGUUUCUUUGCUAAUGAAAGGAAUUUGUCAUUAUCAGUAUUUCCAAUGAUGGAGAGCAGUACGUUCACAAAUCACAGUAUCUCUUUACAAGUCUUUCACUUUUUUCCCCCGAUACUUUUUGAGGAUCAUUCCUCAGCAACAUAAUUAGCUAUAUUAAAAAAAUCAAAUUAAACAUACUAACCACAUAUGUUUUGAUUGCUAUUCAAUAAUCUGUUUGAAAAGUUGUAUUGUCAUUUCUGAAAAGAUCAGUCAUCACUCAGAUAAGUCUAUUUUUUUUUGUUUGUUUUUUUCUGUUAUGUUUUUGCAAUAUAUGCAGAUCAUUUUGUAAAUUUUUCAUGUUUGUGUUUUAUUUGUAAAUAAAUUAUCAUUUUAUA